AUGCGGUGGAUUCCCAUUGUUCUCGUUGUAUUUUCUUCAUGCAAUUUGAUAUCCGGAUUGGAAGAGUUUGUGGCAAUUACCGCGGAAGAUGAGAUGCCGUCUUUAUAUAAAGAUUACAUCUCGUACAAGGAUGGCCGUUUGUAAGGUUAUUAUAAUAACAACGUUUCAAUGCAAACCUUGGUUUCAGGACUGUCGAAGUUCAAAAGUUGGAUAUUCCACUGAUGUUGAAGUACCCAAAGAACAGCAAAAUUACCGUAUCCUUUGACAAAGAAUGUAAAAUAAAAUUCAGUGACUUAGAAAAGAGUUGUGAAAUUAACGAGGGUAAUGAAACAACGCAAGGUAAUCAAAUUAAAUUUUGCGUAUGUAAUCUUUCUCAGACAGUCAAGUUGAACUAAUUUUGCCAACGAAAUCAGGUUCGAAUGGCGAAUGUGCAUUGAAAUCUGAUGAUUAUGAUGAAGAUAACAGCCUUGCGGAUGUCAAUCUGAGUUAUUUAAAGUCGGAUUGUAAUCACGAAGUGAAAUUUGUAAGUUCCUUUUUAUGACGUCACUUUCUCAGAGUCCAAAUAUCGUCCUUCUUGUGCCGGAUACGGUGAUCUCCAGAUUUGUGGAGCCGAGUGGAGCCCCUUCCCGUUCCCAUAUGAUUUCCGUCUUUAUCUUUAUUACUUAUAUUUUUGCUAUCAGUUAA